AUGAGCUCACCAAUCGAGAAAACCGUCGAAUUGACAUCCGUUUCUAAAGAAAAACUGGAUGUCUUCACCACUACCCGUUCCCCAUGGACGUUUACCGGCGCUCGAGGAGUAUAUGGGGGUACGACGGCUGCACAGUGCCUGGUAGCUGCCCAGCACACGGUCUCUAGCGAGCGUUUAGUCGUCUACGGCAUGCAUAUUAGUUUCCUCUAUUCUGGCAAUCCAAAUGUCUCGAUCGAGUAUCAUGUUGAGCGGAUGCGCGACAGCAAGAAUUUCGCGACUCGCAUUGUUCGAGCAACCCAGGGAGAAAGGGUUAUUGCUACCGCCACAGUAAGCUUUGCAUCCGCAGUUGGAGCAACGGGAAGGUCAGGCGGCGAUGCUUCGUAUGAACAUGCGAAGAAGAUGCCGGCCGAUUUGAGUCCGCCGGAACACGCCGAACUGGAGACAUAUAAAGUAGAUGGACCUCUUGAGAUCCGAAAGGGAAAGAUUCUGAACAAAUACUCUGAGAACCCUGCCGACACGAUGAUCCGCUACUGGAUGCGCGCCAAAGGACCCAUACAAGAGAAUAGAAUGCAAUCUCAUCUUGCAGCUCUGGCUUUCUUAACUGACGCAUACUUACUCGGUGUAGUUAUGGAGGUCCAAGAUGAUGUGAAGUACGAGGAUUUAGGAGUGGUUGCGAGUCUGAAUCACACAGUACACUUCCAUGAGCCCAAUGCUGUGCGCGCAGAUCAGUGGAUGUCGUCUGAACGGGAAAGUCCUUGGGCAGGGAAAGAUCAAGGGUUGGCUGUUCAUAGAAUUUGGUCGAGUGACGGUGUUUUGCUUGCUACUAGUGCUCAGGAGGGGCUGGUUCGACCGAGAGUGAGGUUGUAA